UGAUUAAACUGAUAAGACAUGUUUGUGCAAUAGUUAUAGGCUUGUGGUCGUAGACUAAGGGAUCUAUUAGCAUGCUGUUUAUUUUGUCUUUUCUUUCCAUAGGAUUGUUUGCUGAAACAGAAGGAUUGACAAGCACGACAUGUUACGAUGGAUGGCUUGCUUUUGAAGGAUCGUGCUACUUCUUCGGACAUUCUGCGGUCCAUUUCACGGAAGCGGAGCAAUUCUGUAGACAGCACCAUAACAGCCAUCUUAUUCAUGUUGAGAGUAAACUCGAAAAUGAUUUCAUCAAAGACCGACUCCGGGAUUUCAAAAGUAAGCACUGGUGGCUUGGAUUGACAGAUGAAUUGAUUGAAGGCACGUGGAAAUGGUUUGAUAAUGAUCAGACAGCGAAUUUUACAGACUGGCAUCCUGGACAACCAGAUGCUUAUCCCGAAGACUGUGCGAUAUAUGUUUACUAUCUCGACUUUGAUUGGGGAGAUGUGAAAUGUCUUGAUAACUUUUAUCCUCUGUGUGAACUUCGAGGAAUGCAAGUGGAAACAGAAGUCGUUGGAUGAAUUUUCAUUUGUGUACACAUUGUCUUUAUCUCUUUUAUAGAUUAGAUAAUUUGUUAUGGAAAUAAAAUUAAUGGUAAAUGUAUUACAUAA